AUGUCGUACGGCGACGGGCUCUCCGGAGCCGAGUAUCUCGCCUCUAUUUACGGAACCGAGAAGGACAAAGUCAACUGCUCGUUCUUCUUCAAGGUUUGCACAAAAAAGUUUUUAAAAAAUCAGUGAAUAAUGCUCGAAUUUCAGACGGGAGCGUGCCGACACGGAGAUAAAUGCUCUCGUGCCCACCACACACCGACUUUUUCGCCGACGGUGGUGCUCAAAAAUUUCUACCACAACCCCGUGGUGGAUGUUCGUCAAGCCGACGCUUUUGACAGUCAGUUUUAGAGCGUUUUAGACUAAAAUCCAUUUAAUUGUGUUUACAGAAGUUGGAAAGCGAAACGACGAAGAGCAGCGAUACUUUGACGACUUCUACGAGGAGGUGUUCGUGGAGAUGGAGAGAAAGUACGGAGAGGUCGAGGAGAUCAACGUGUGCGAGAACAUCGGAGAGCACAUGGUCGGCAACGUGUACGUCAAGUUUAUGAAGGAGGAGGACGCGGAGAAGGCGAAAAACGACCUGAACAAUAGAUGGUAAGCGAUAAUAUCUAGGCAAAGAGGUAAAGUGCAAUGAAGAGAACGUGCCACUGGACGGUCCGAUCGGACGGACUUUGAAAUGGAGAAAUAUCGGCACAGGGGCCAUCUGAGCACUUUUUCUCAUAGAAAACAUUAAAAAUCAGGCCACAAUACCCCCAAUUUCUUUCAGGUUCAACGGUCAGCCGAUCUACGCGGAACUGUGUCCGGUGACGGAUUUCCGUGAGUCGCGUUGCCGGCAGCACGAAGUGACCACGUGCAGCAAGGGAGGAUUCUGCAAUUUCAUGCACUUGAAGGCUAUCUCCUCCGAGUUGGGAAACCGAUUGUACGGAAAACGUGGAAGAAGGUGAGUGUAUGGUUUAGGCGCCAUUCUCAAGGAUUUUCCUGAAAAUCCUAUUUUUCCGCUCCGUUUCCUGUGUUUUUUAAAGCAUUUUACAUCAAUUUUUGGUUGUCAACGAUUUUCAAAAAAAAAGGUUGAGUAUGCUAAAAGUGCUUAAGAAAACAUAGCAGAAACGUUUUGAAUCACAGAAAACCGUCUAAAAUAACCAUCAAUACCGAAUGUUUGCAGAGCCGACGCAGCAGGUCACUAUCCUUCGCAACGCGGCGGUGGCGGAGGAGGCGGUGGUGGCGGAGGCGGGGGCGGCUACGGUGGAGGUGGCGGCUGGGGCGGCGGCGGCGGAAGAGAUCGUGAUCGUGGCGGAUGGGGAGGCGGUGGCGGCCGAGGAUACGGAGGCGGUGGAGGUGGUGGAUACGGAGGCGGCGGUGGAUACGGAGGCGGCGGUGGCGGAAGACGUCGUUCCAGAAGUCGCGAUCGCAGACGGUACUAG